GCCCUAGAUCGCUCGGUCCUCUGCUCGCGUUCUGAGUCCUCCUUCCCGAUGGGAAACCCAACAGGAAAGGCCAAGAAAUGCGCCGGCCAGCGGCCAUCCGCUCUCCCUGCGUCCCCAAGGCCCCGCUCUCCUGCCGCACCUCGUGAUUUUGUCGCCCCCUGUGGCCUCCAGGACUGCGCCUUUCUCGUCUCUGGCGCGCCUGGAUUUUCAGAGUUUGAAGCCCCAGGGCACAGAGCUGCAGGCCCUGGAGGCUCUACGGGCUGGAGUGAGCAGAAAAGAGCAGAUGCUUCGCGAGGUGCUCCGUGGUGCUGACAGGCAGGGAGAAGGGAGGGCCGCAGAGGACUGGGAGAGCCACUGAACUUCCCAAAGUGCCUGCCCUGCUAGACCUGGUCGUGGGCGCUGGGAUUCAACACAUGGCCCAGGCCUUGGAAACUGGGUCUGGCAGGGAGACUGCCAUUCAGGCAGCGCCCCCACAGCCCCUCGGAGCUAGCCAGCCUCCGCGCUCGUCCGUGCAGCCAUGGAGGCCCUGGGUCCCGGAGGUGACCGCGCCUCCCCAGCCUCGUCCACUCGCAGCCUGGACGUGCGGCGGCUGUCCGCGCGCGCCGACUCGGCCUACAGCUCUUUCUCCGCUGCCUCCGGCGGUGCCGAGCCUCGCACGCCGUCGCCGGGGUCCCACCAGCUUCCUUACCUGGACUGGGACUACGUGCGCGUGGUGUGGGGCGGCCCUCGCACCUCCCCGCAGCCCCCGCCCGCGGCCGCCGCGCGCAGUGGGCCGCGUCCCCCCGAGGUCCAGGGGACCCCGGGGCCGCUCAGCCGGCAGGCCACCCCGCUGCUGUACGCACUGGCGGCCGAGGCGGAGGCCGCGGCGCGGGCUGCCGAGCCGCCCAGCCCGCCGGCCUCGCGGGCGGCCUACCGCCAGCGGCUGCAGGGCGCGCAGCGGCGAGUGCUCCGGGAGACAUCCUUCCAGCGCAAGGAGCUCCGCAUGAGCCUGCCCGCCCGCCUGCGGCCCGCGGCCCCCGUCCGGCCCCCCGCCGCGCAUUCGCGCUCCGCCUCGCUCAGCCACCCGGGCGGGGAAGUGGAGCCGGCGCGCCCCGGGGCUCCCGUGCCGGGAACCGCGGGCCAGGGACGUUUAGCCGGUCAGCAGCGGAAGUGGUGCUUCUCGGAGCCAGGGAAGCUGGAUCGCGUGGGUCGGGGCGGUGGGUUGGCGGAGCAAUGCUCCGGAGAGGUCUGCUCCAGCUCUGGCCUCGCCAGGCCCGAGCUCCAGGAAUGGCAGCAGCGGACGCUGGCAGAGUUUGAAGGUCACCAGAUCAGAUGGCUGCCUGUGACCAAGCCCCGAGGCAUAGAGGACCUGAAACCCUGGUCCUUGAAGUUCGACAACGCCUACAGGUCAGCCAGGCGGGGUCGUAGCGCUUCUGGCGAAGUCUUGACUCCCUGGGGAAGUCCAGGAGGGGUCAAGUCCACUGCCCAGGCUGUUCCCCAAGGAGCAGAAACCCCUAGACCAUCGUUUCGGACCAGACUUCCCAGAACCAGGAUCUUCCUUCCUGGUCACUGUGGUCAGUGUGAGGUCCCUGCCUCCAGGUUCCCGACUCUGAAGGAAGCUGCAGUGGUGUGUCCUGCAGAGGGACUCCAGAGCAGUCCCUCUGACUGUGAGCAGAGGGCCUCAGGGAUCUACAUUGUGUCUGCCCGGCUCCCAUCCCUUCCUGAUGAUGAAGUUUUCCUGGAAGAAGCCCCAAUGGUCAGAAUGAGGUCACCUCCAGACUCCCAUGGUUCCCCAGGGCUCCCAACCAGUGUCCAUGCCUCUAACCAGAAGUACAGGGCUGGCUUGGGCCAAAGGGCUGACCAGACUAUAAUCCUGCCACAGCAGCCCCUCCAUGAGUGCCCAGAGACUGCAGGGACAGAUGACUGCUGGCAGGGGGUAAAUGGUUCUGUGGGUGUCUCCAGACCUACAUGCUGUAGCCCCCCUAACACUGCAAAUGGUGACAUCCCAACCAUUGACCCUACUGAACUGCUGACCACUGACUCCCCAACAGCUGCAGAGACUGACCCCCUCAAACCUCUCCCAGUUGAUACCCUGGGACCUUCAGGCAAUGACACCUCAGGGCCUCCUGACCACACUACCCUGGCUUGGGCCACUGGCCAGCCUUAUUCCAGGCCAACAUGGCCUGGUCCACACCUCGAGGAGCUGGUUCAGGAGCUGGCCAGAUUGGAUCCCUCUCUGAGCGACACUCUAACCUCCUAUCCCAGCCCAGAGCCAUCUCUGGGCCUGCUGGAUGGGCUGAUUCCUUUAGCUGAGGUCUGGGCUGCAAUGAGGCCAGCCUGUGGAGAGGAUGGAGAGGAGGCUGCUGGUACUUCUAAGCCAGGGUCCUAUCUACUUAACUCCACCCAGGGCCUGCCAACUUCUCAGGAGGAGACAAAGCCUGGAAACCUUAACACCCACGCUGUGCCAGACCAGCCAUGUGGCCAGGGUCUCCCUGAGCCAAAUAACAGCAUCCAAGCCAAGAAAGUGGAGCUGGCCGACCUCCUCCAAAAGAUGCUCCGGGACCUUCAAGAGGAGCAGGAGCGACUGCAGGAGGCGGCCCAAGCCUGGGCCAGGCGCGGGGCUGCUUUGGAGGCUGCGGUGGGCCAGGCCUGUGCACCCCACGUGCUCGAGCGCUUCAGCCGGUUCAUGGUCGACCUAGAGCGAGUGCUUGGCCUCCUGCUGCUGCUGGGCAGUCGCCUGGCCCGCGUGCGCCGCGCCCUGGCCCGGGCGGGCGCAGACGGCGACCCUGACGAGCAGGCCUCUCUGCUGCAGCGCCUCGGGCUCCUGCAGCGGCAGCAGGAAGACGCCAAGGAGCUGAAGCAGCACGUGGCGCGGCGCGAGCGGGCCCUGCGGGAGGUGCUGGUGCGCGCACUGCCCGCCGAGGAGCUGCGCGCCUACUGUGCCCUGCUGGCCGGCAAGGCCGCCGUCCUGGCCCAGCAGCGCAGCCUAGACGAGCGGGUCCGCCUUCUUCAGGACCAGCUGGACGCCGUCAGGGGAGACCUUGGCGGUCAUCCCCCGCCUCCCAGGCCAGCCUGGCCCCCAGGGACCUGUCCUCCGAAUAAACUGCCCUUCCCUCCUUUCCUCAUCUAGUUACAGGCUGUGGGGACGGGGAGCAUUGCCCCUGCUUCUCACCCACGAGAUUCGGGGUGUCGCUGGUUUAUUCGGUGCUUUUCUCUCGAAGUGGGGAAGAUCCAGGUCCGGCCUUCCCAGGAUGCGUCUUACAAGUUCUUAUGUGCCUUACCCAAGUACUGUGGAUUAUUUUGUAAUUAACUUACGGGUUUAAAAUACUGCAGUAUUUCCCCUUUUUGUGAUGAGAAAGAGGCUCGGUCAGGGUUGGUGGAGGGAGAGGAGACAAAUCAGAGGAGAAUUUCAACUUAUGAUGUAAAAUGGCCAUUUCCCCCCUCAAUUAAAAAAAAUUGAUGUGAGAA